GUCCAAGCAAGUACCUUGUUUAUUACACUUGCCGCUUCAUCUGAAAACACUGGAUUUGGUUUUGUGUUUUUGUUAUUCGAAACAUACACGUUCUAGUCCUCUUCAACCGCAUCUUUGGUAUGUAUAACUUGCUACUGAUGUACUUGAUUUAGUCGUCCACCUAACUCGCCGUUGGUUUACUCGCUUUUUUAGAGGGUUGUUCAACUUUUUUACCGGUAAUCUUGUACUUCCUAUUCUAGUUCGAUGGGGGUGAAAUAUCUAUGAGUUCCGCUUUAUUUUGCCGUCGGAUAACCAGAACAGCAUAGAUGCAUCUGAGUGAACCCUUCCUCGUUCCAUCGGGCGUUAUCACCGUUAGAUUAUUUUGAAAGACCUGUACAGUUUUCCCUCCGUAUGCUUUGACCGGCGAUGGACGGUGUGGUCUCGGCUGCAUUCCACGUUGGAAUUGUAUUUUCCGACGAGUAUCGACACUUAGUCUCAUAUUCUCCGAAAUUCUUGGAUAGAUACACCAUGGUAAUGGAUCUAAUCAAUGCAUAUGGUCUGGUGCGUCACCUCGUUCGCAUUUCUCCUUUGGUGCUAUCUUCAAGUCAAGAAGUUUAUCGAGAGAUCGGUGUGUUUCAUUCUGUAGAUUACCUUGACGCUUUGGCUGGUCUCCAAGCUUGGCACCAAGACAAAUCGAAAGGCAUUGAACCUGAUGAUCCUUCUCUAGAUUCAUUUGGUCUGUCCUACGAUUGCCCGGGGUUUCCUCACGUUUUUGACUAUUCGGUGGCAGCUGUAACGGGCAGUCUUGCUGCGGCCGAGGCGCUCUUGCAAGGCCACUGUCAAGUCGCAAUCAACUGGGCCGGUGGAUGGCACCAUGCGAAACGAACUGAGGCCUCGGGAUUUUGCUAUUUGAAUGAUAUUGUUCUUGCGAUCCAUCGACUUCUAGGAAACCACCUGCAUAAGCGUCGAUUACCUCCCAACAACGGUCAGUUAUCAGACCGAAUUCUUUACAUUGAUUUGGAUCUGCAUCAUGGCGACGGCGUUGAGGAGGCGUUCUGGUAUAGUCCCCGAGUGGUUACCUUUUCAGUGCACCAUGCAGCCCCGGGUUUCUUCCCAGGAACUGGAACAUCAGUUGAACGUGAUGAGGGCCAUUGUACGUUUCCUAAUGGAGCUGGUCGCGGACGGUUUUCUGCUUUCAACAUGCCACUGGCGGACGGUGUGGAUGAUCCAACUUGGUCAAAGGCGGUUUUGCCGAUGCUGAAUCUACUGUAUGCUUUAGUUCAACCGGCGUUUGUUGUUGUUCAGUGUGGGGCUGACGGUUUGUGUGGAGAUCCGCAUCGUGUGUUCAAUUUAACCAACCUGGAUCCGAAUUAUCUGCCUCGUAACACACCGACCAAAGUGGAAGGUACCGAGGUACCUGAUCCCAAUCAUAAUGGUGGCAGCUAUGUUACCGCCUUACGUAGAAUCCUUUCAUGGAAGGUACCCACCCUAAUCCUUGGAGGAGGUGGAUACAACUUUCCUGACACUGCCCGCCUUUGGACGAGACUAACUGCAGUAGCAAUCGAAGAAACUAGUGGUCUGAUAUUGGAGCUGGAUUCUACCAUCCCUGACCAUUCCCUAAUCUCCCGCUACGGACCUGGAUUUGAUCUGGACAUAUCGAACCUACCGAAAAUUAACCAUAAUCGUGAUGAAGAUGUCGUUGCCCACCACACACGGUUACUCAAACAAGCUGUAUUAUACGCUGAGUUCAAUAAUCUGACCAUAGACAGAACACAGCUUGAGCGCACGAUGGCUGAUACCGUGUUGGGUCAAACAAAUGAAGUACGGCUUGGCGUGCGCUUCGCACCUACAAAGUGUAGAGUACUGCUACGAGAGUGGGUGAGAUUAAACCCAGACCUCGUGCUUUCAGACGAGCCAACCAACGUGAUAGGUAAAUUUAUUUGCCUAAACGAUUGUAUAGAUUCGGAUGAACUGGUUGAAUAUGAGAUCACUUCUCGAAUCGCUUUUGCCGACCUCCGACACCUGUGGCGCAGGCGCGACGUCAGUUUGUCUUUCAUGAUCCAAGUUUACACUAGUAGUGCGAUCUGUACUGCUCUGUGGAUCAGAGAUUUGACCUCUACGCGCAAGGAAAAUACGGGAUUCAACACAUACUCCACAUGCCAGAAGACCAUUUGCCCCUCAGAGCUAUUUUCGCUCAGCCGUGAGCUGAGUGGAAGCUACCGAGAGGUGGACAAUGUGUGA